AUGAGAAAACUCAAUUAUCUUGGAAAAGAACUUUCAGUCACAUUUGAAGAGACAAAAGAAAGCAAAAAUCUUGAAAUCGCCGAAUUUGGAGAGUCGAAUAUCAGGAGCACUUGCAUUAUAUUUUCAGUUCCGUCAUGGCAAACGAAUUCACUAAUUAUCACACGGUCCCUGGAAAAGACUGUCGAUGACUUCUUGAAAAUGGGCAAUUACUGCUUCUUAAUACUUUUUAUCUCCGAAUUUAUACUUCUGGGUGGUGCUGGCAAUAUGAUCUACAUGAUUUUUGCUGCAAGCGCUCCACGGAUAUCUUGUCACGGUUCUAAUUUCACUAUAGAGAAUGUUUGUAGAAAAUAUCCAAAUUUAAGCUCUUUACCUGACUGUGAGCUGGAAAUACAAUACGAAUUCAAAUCCUUAAACGUAGAGUUUGAAUAUUACUGCAGCCAAGGACACUGGGUAAAAAGCAGUAUAUCUGUACAGAUGGGAGGUGUUAUGUUAGGCACCAUAUUUUUCGGCAUAAUGAGCGAUCGAUACGGAAGAAAACGGUGUCUGGUCAUAGCAUUCAUCAUCAGCGCGAUACUGAGCAUUAUUUGUUCAUACUCAACUUCUCUGAUAUACUUCACUGCGGCUCGUUCCAUACUCGGAUUCUUCAACGGUGGACUACUAGGCACCUAUGGUGUAUAUAAACUGGAGCACAUCCCGAAGAAACAUCGCUUCUGGGUAAUGACUAUAAUCGCUUGGGCACCAAACUUCAUAUUGCUCAAUGGUAUCGCAUACCUUGCCCACGAUUGGCGGACAUUUCAACGAGUUCUCGUUUUGAUCAGCUCACCAGCUCUAGUUUUAUUCUUUUUUGUUCAUGAGUCGCCUCGUUGGUUGAUACAGAAGGGAAGGAUUGAGGAAGCCAGAAAGGUGCUGCAACGAAUCCAACAAAUCGACAGGCAAAAGGAGACGAAAAGGGAAGAAAUGGAAAAAAUGCUUGACGUUGCUAGUCAGAAGAUGCAAGCUCAAGAAGAGAAACUAAAAAAUUACACGCCUCGUCAUCUUUUCUACACCAAGGAAAUGGCUAUUGCAACGAUUGUUUAUUGUGUAGGACUUUUCAUGGUAAGUAUGGUGAACUAUGGCCUGAUAUUCAACAUUGAAUCACUAGCUGGAUCGUUCUUCCUCAACUCAAUAUUGAUAGGCUCAAUUCGAUGGGCCAUAAACAUCGUUUUUGCAAUUCUUGACUACAAAAUUAAAUCCUUGGGACGCAAGAUCAUUCAUCUUAUGGCACAGUCUACUAUCGCUAUGUGUUUCUUGGUCAUAUCAUUGACUUUUAUUUUUGAUCUUGAUGAAAAAUAUGCGACUGUAAUUCGAGUUGCAACAAUCACUGCCAGUGCCACUUCAUCUCAGAUGUACAUCACCAAACAUAUCUCCGGCAUGGAAUUCUACCCAACGGUUGUCCGAAAUACUGCAAUGGCCUUCAAAUCAACGUUUAGCCGAGUUGGCACAGUUAUUGCUCCUUUACUUUUCCUUUUGCCAUGGGUAUCGGUGCCAUACGUCAUUCUUACCUUCUUCGCUGCAGCGGACGCGAUUGCAUUCCAAUUGCUAAUUCCUGAGACAAAAGGCAAACCGCUACCGGAAGACCGCUCGGCCAACUCCGUACAAGAAGUGCUCGCAUCACAAGUGAUGCGCACGGACGAGUUCCGCGUUGCGCAUCUGAAGAAGUGA